GCUUGUGAGUCAGUCGCAUUUAUUGCAGCGCAAAAGUCGUGCAAAGCAAAAUUUUCUGGGCAAAUAAAGUUGCAUAUAGAUAAAUUCUUAAGGUAAACGUAUUUAUAUUUCGAGUUCUGGCAUCUGUAUGGGCUACACUGUAUCGGCCUUGCCGAAUUGCUUGUCAACCGACACUUGAAACCAACGGGGUGGUUUCAAAAUAAAUUGGCAGUAGAACGAAUCUAUUAAAAGUUUCGUAAAAUGGCUUCGAGAACUGAAACCAGAGGACCUAGUGAAGACGCCGAGGUUCAAUUUACCGCUUCGAGUAGUAACAGUACAGAGGAGGACGAGGAAGACCUUGAUUACUGCGAGAAUUCACCAUGGGUUUUUAUUCCGGAGCCAGUAUUCGCUAAAAUUUUCCUCUUGUUGCAACCCAGAGAUAUCCUAAAUGCUGGACAAACGUGUAAACGAUGGAACAAGCUGUCUCGAGAUGACUAUAUAUGGCGAAAAUAUUUCCGGAGAGAAUUUACGGUUGAUGUGAACAUUGGAUUAAAGCCAGGAGCGGAGUCUUGGAGAUCGGAAUAUAAACGGUUAACCGACAACGUCCCGAUGGUCAUGACCGACGUGUUGACAAAUCAUUCUCAUCAGGUGUUGCAUGUUAGCUUCUCGCAUAAUGGAAAAAUGUUUGCUACAUGCUCUAAAGAUGGAUUUGUCAUUGUUUGGAACUCCGCUUAUCCAUCGACAAUUCGUGACUCGUUUGAUAUGCGCAAGCUAAGCUGGAAGUAUACUCAGUUCUCACAAUUCAAUCAAAGCGAUACUUUACUGUUAGUGUCCGGUGUUCAUUUCGGCUCACCCCACAGCACUUCCGGCGAGAUUGCCGUUUUCACCGUACAAAAUGGAUUCCGUUUAAAAUGUCGCGUAACUAAUCGUCCGUAUGACAUUUUUGGGACGUGGUUUAGUGACCAACAUCUGCUGUCAGGCGACUUGAAUUGGUUGGCUCAUCUCGUAAGCUCAUCGAUUCUUUGGUUGAAUAAGGCCAAUCAAGAAGUUGAUUCAGAACAUACUCCGAUUAGGAAUCAAAUGUACAAAUUUUAUAAUCGUAACGCAAGUUCUAUUAGAGCAAUCACUAUUGCUAACUGUCCUUGGCUGAGUGAUGAAAACAAUAGAAAGGAAGAAAGCGGAGUUGACGACCCUGGUACUUCCGGCAAAAACAGCAAUGAUGAUGAAGAAAACGAUAGGCGAAUUGGGAAUCCUUUAUCUCACUAUCAAAUGAACCAAGAUCAGGAAAUGGAGGAUUUUAAUCGAGCUGGAAGAGUGUUUAUUCCAGAUAUGGAUUUGGAUUUUCCGUAUAUCCCACUCGAAAAUUACGACUAUGCUAGCCCUAUACAUUAUCUGGACGAAUAUCGCAGAGAGUACGAGGAUAGCUAUUACGAAUCAUCAGAUGAUUGCUUGGAUGACGAUGACGAUCCGGAGGAUGAAGAUAUGUCAGAGGUGGAUGAUCUUGACAAUCUCUGUCCAAAAUACUUAAUCUUUUCGACCGGAUCCAAAACCUAUACACCGCACCAAAUUGGAUUCAAGCGAAUAGGCAGUGUUAACUUUCCCCGACGCCUAGAUCCAGGACCAUCGUUAAAGGAGCGCAUUGCUUUGCGGGACAGGCAGCGCGAGCUGGAGGUAAUUAUGCGCGAAAUGUCUCAUGAAGAAAUCCGCCUCCAAUAUAUCUUGCAGAAUGAAACACCUCCUGUGGAACCGAAUUGGGCUAAUUAUGAAUCAGUUGCGGAUCGCUUUGAUCGUGUAGACAAGUUGAUCGAUUUGCACGGACACAUCAUAGGAAUGGGAUUAAGUCCAGAUCACCGUUACCUGUACAUAAACAGUAGGCCGUGGCCGAAAAAUUAUGUGAUACGAAAUCCAUUGGAACCCCCACCGAUUGCGCAAGAGAUCGAUAUUCAUGUAAUUGACUUGAUGACUUUGAAAAAAGUUGGCACGAUGCUAAGAGCACACAAAGCAUACACGCCAAACACAGAGUGUUUUUUCAUUUUUCUCGAUGUCUGUGAUAACUAUGUGGCCAGUGGUGCUGAAGACAUGCAUGCUUACUUGUGGGAUCGCUACUAUGGCGUUUGUUUGGCCAAAUAUCAGCACGGGGAUGUUGUUAACAGUGUUGCCUUCAAUCCCCGAGAUAACGAAAUGCUGGUGACUACAAGUGAUGACUACGAAAUCAAGAUUUGGAGAUCACUGGCGCAGGCGAAAAAACUGGGAAUUCAACCAGUAGGUAAAGCUGUGGAGUUCAGAAAACUGAAAUCAACAAGAACGACAACUGCCUAGAAUGGAAUGUCCUAUUGGAAGCAAUUCUUCCUGGAAUCUCGUAAUGUCAUGUUAAUAAUUUUGUUCACUGAUGCGAGUCAACAUAUUGAAAACUGUUUGUUAUUGUAACUCUAGUCGAUAUAGCGUUGAAUCGGUAGGAAUCGAGUUGUUUUGAAGUCAAUUUUAUAUGGUUAAUAAUAGCGUGUUAUUAUGAGCAAAUUGGCCAUAACUAGCUGAUGCUGAUUUACGAUGCUUAAACCUAGAUUUUUGCAUGUCGUUCAAAUAAGCGUUUACUUUUAGCAACAAAGUAAGAAUCGAAUUGCAAAACUUGCAGCUUGUUCUGGGAGGUGCGUGACUUGAGAUGGCCAAUUUCAUUUCGAAGUUACUAGCGUCUACUUCGGCAAUGUUGUGUCGUCACUCUUUGUAUCGCUCAAUAGUGGCACCUUAAUGGAGUUAGCCGUCUUAAAUCGUUCGCUUUGCAAGAAAAGCACCCUUUGUAAAAAGCUUUUGUUCUAUUUGAAAAAUGUUCGAGAUUGUUACUCUUCAAAACAGAAACAAAAAAAUUAAACAAAUUUAUUGCUUUAACAAAUCACAGAUUUAGAAGAUAUAUUUGUAAAGACUUUUUACUAUAUUUUACUGUUUUAAAUAUAA